UACGGAAACAAACAUGGCUGCCCCCAUUGCAGCGUGAGUGCGUGUUGCAGACUUCUGUCAUCUGCUCUGCUCUGCUCUGCUUUCCGGAUUUGGCCGCUAUGGAGUUAGAGUCUGUUGCUUUGUUGGUGCUCAUUGCAGCAGCUCGUGUGACUGCUCAGAGUGAAGAAGAUGCAUCUUCUGGCCCAUGGGUUUUUGUGCAUACACAUUUAAUGCUUUUGUGGAUGAACCGAUUUUACAUCUAUACGUGUGCUGCAAUCGGUAUUACUGCCUGGAUCUGCAGCCAUUUUUUUAUGAGCGGGAAAAGUCACCAGGGGGAAGCUUUGUCUCAAAAUGGUUCUCUGCAAGGCGCCGAUGAAGUGCUAAAAAACAAUACUGAAGAGAUUCCGAAAGAAAAACAAGUCUUUGUUUCCGGAGUGAAAAUUUUCUAUGGAUCACAGACUGGUACUGCUAAGGGAUUUGCUCAUGUUCUCGCUGAAGAUAUCACACCUAUGGGCUUGCCUGUUGAAAUUAUAAAUUUGAAAGACUAUGAUCCAGAUGAUAAUUUGGUAGAAGAGGGAUUUGCUCAUGUUCUCGCUGAAGAUAUCACACCUAUGGGCUUGCCUGUUGAAAUUAUAAAUUUGAAAGACUAUGAUCCAGAUGAUAAUUUGGUAGAAGAG